AUGAAUCAUCAAGCUCUGAGUUUUAUAGGAUUGUUUUUCAUUGUCACCAGGUUGAUGGCAUUUGAAUUGCUCCUGGACAAAAAUUCAGAAAUACUGCAAACCAUGAAAGAGCUAGACGCCUAUUAUGAGAAGCAGGCCUGGGAUGAAGAAAAUGUGACACAGUAUUUGAACGAGCUCCUUGAAAAACACGGACCGGCAGUUCAGAAAAAAUUGGAAAUCUCUAUUAAACAAGAUGUUAGUGACUUUUCGAUCGCGCAACAGGAAUCACUUCAGCCGCAGUUGGAACACAGGUGGAUCGUGGGCGAACCAAGUUUGAAGAAAUUGGAUAAGCCGCUUUUUGAGUCGAUGGUGACGAAAAUAAAGCAGAUAUGGCCAGCUUCAUCCUCCCAGCUCCUUGAUGGAUGGGAAUUUCAAGACUUGGGCAUAUAUUUUUUGUCCAUCAACAAUACAAACAUUUUUGAUUAA